AUGAAGAUGCCGAAGGGGAUGACAGUGGAGGAAAAAGAGAUGGAGGACCUGAACGCAAAGACAACAGAUGAUCUAGCGUUGCUGUUGAAGAAGUCCUUAAAGGGACUCAAACAGGCUGGGCAGCUGUGGAGCAAACUACUUGACUCCAAGCUACGACAAAGCGGGUAUCAGCAAUGUACCAAGGACAUGUGCCUAUAUUUUAAGUAUAAGGGCAAGAAAUUCACGGUGGUUGGCGUCUACGUGGACGAUCUGUUGAUCACGGGCACCGAACAGAGCGCUGUGGACGACUUCUUUAAAGACAUGACCUCACUAUCGAUCAAGGAUUUGGGGAUUGUAAACAAGUUCUCGGGCUACGAAUUGAGCAUGACAACUCGAACGGCUAUGUUUUGGGAUCAAGAACCGACUAUCGACUUGCUGUUGAGGGACUUCGGGAUGGAGUCGUGCAAUGGUAUUGGCACCCCUAUCGAAGACGAGUGCAACAUGGACGACGAAGAGGACGCUGAGUACCUACCAGCAAGAGGAGCGAAGGGUGGCCCCAGUGUGAAGUCCUUUCAGUCACUGGUGGGAAGCCUACUAUGGAUUGCAAGAUGCACACGCCCAGACAUUAUUUUUGCAGUGCAUAAGACAACAAGACAGACUCACAAGCCGACACUAAAGGAUUGGAAGACCGCGAAGCGCAUCAUGCGAUACCUAAAGAUGUCUAAGAAUUUGAAGCUGCACCUGGAUGGUGCUGGACAUGUGUCAGAGGAUGUGCGGGUCGAAUGCUGGAGCGAUGCCGAUUUUGCUGCGAGCAAGGCCGACCGUAAGUCAAUAUCAGGGUGUGUACUUACUGUGGAUGGUGUAGUGGUUCUGUGGCUGUGCAAGAAGCAAUCGGGUGUAUCGCUGAGCACGAUGAAGGCUGAGUUUAUCUCAGCGUCGCAAGCUGGUCGAGAGCUGCUUGGCAUGAAAGAACUACUGAGCGAAUUGAAGCUACGCGUACUUGAGCCCAUGCCGAUGUGGAUUUACAACCAAGCGUCGAUCAAGAAACUUGAGUCAGAGAAGAGCUUCUCGAGCGCCAAGCACGUGGACAUACGUCACAAAUUUAUAUGCCAUCACGCACAGAAAGGGACUGUGGUGCCAAGGUUUGUGCGAUCUAAGGAUUUGCUAGCAGUGUAA